CUGAACGCGACAGCUAGUGCUCUGUUGACCAUUUAUAUUUAUAUUUAUUUAUAUAUUUCGAAUUUUGUUCAUUUUAUACGCAUAUCAACUAGAACCACAGCUCGAUUGUGUUGUCUCGGACGUAAUCAGUGAAUAUUAAUAUUAUCAUUGUUGGUGGUAUUCGAUGGAUUCGGCAAGAGACCACCAAAUCGAGAUCUGGAACAAACAAUAUUCGCCUAGUGAAUGGAACAAGCGAUUCGCAACGGCUAGCGAAGUUAUUGAAUAUCAUAUGAACUAUGUUCGUCAAGUUAGUGACAAAAAUCGAAAGCAGUUGCGAUGCAAUCUAAACAUUAGCUACGGUACUAAUGAACGAGAAAAGUUCGAUGUUUACGGUGAUGAUUUGCCGGUAAAUGCACCGCUGUUUGUUUACAUUCAUGGAGGCUAUUGGCAAAUUUUGAACAAAGAUGAAUCCGCAUAUUGUGUGAAGCCAUUAGUUGAAAAGGGCAUUCGAGUUUUCGUCCUAGACUACGAUCUCUGUCCCAAUAUUACCUUAACACAAACGGUCGAACAGAUCAAGCGAGCCGGCGAAUAUAUUCUUAAAUAUGCAACCGAUAAUCGAAUCAAGUACGUUUGCUUUGCUGGUCAUUCAGCUGGUGCCCAUCUACUGUUAACCAUGUUGGAUCGUGAUUUUGUUGCGACAGUCGGAACAAGGAUUCAAUUGAUUAAACACCUGUAUUUGAUAAGUGGUGUCUACAGUUUGGAGCAAUUACGUUACACAAGUGCCGUAAAUGCGGACAAUGUGCUUGGUCUGAAUGAUUCGAAUGUCAAAAAGUUAUCACCUCUGCUGAUGUCAUAUCAGCAUCUCACACAGAUCGGCAUAAAAUUCCACAUCUUUGUAGCUGAACAUGACAGCAGCGUUUUCAAACAGAUGUCGAUUGACAUGAACGAAUAUCUAGGGAAAUAUAGUCUAGUAAGUGAUUUGCAUAUGCUCCCAAGUUUGAACCAUUUCGAUAUCGUGGAAAAGCUUUCGGAAAACGAUUACUUCAUAACUCAGAAAAUACUGGAGCACGCAGAAAACAAUUGAAACUGCACUGCAUUGAAUCUGAUCUAAAACUAGCUAGGAAAAUCUUUGUUUGCAUUUCUAACUUCAAUACCACAUUCUAUCAUUAAUUCGACAGUAUUUCAAGAAAGUGGCUUUUAGUAUAUCUUUCAUUCGCUUUCACUGAUGGUAUGAAGAUGUUAUACAAAAUUAUUUUUUAGACGUUGCCGAAUAUCAAUAAA